GGCGGUGAGACAAUCCGGAAGUGGGAGUAAUGAAGAGGUGCCACUUGGCGGCCAUGGCAGCUGUAGUACUGGCGACUCAGGGUCAGGGCCUGGCUGAGGGAAGUACCAUGGGCAGCACCCGGUGUAGGGCAGAGACAGCAUUAUAUCGACUUUGCUGUUGAAUCCUCGGGGCUCACUGUGAGAGACUUGCGGGACAGCUUGCCCGACUCUAGACUUGAAGGGAGUUUGCUGGGACUGGUGGGCUGGUCCCUUCCCUGGGGGCGGAUCACCUGCGGGGCCACCCCAGAGAACCAGGUGCCGCCGAGGAGAGAACACUUGGGUUUACCUUUCUCUUGCUGGUACCAGACGCACGUCUAGGGGAGUGGGUCAUUGUGCCACCCUCAUUCCGAAGAUUGAAGAGAUCUCUUUCGCACAGUUCCACCGUCUGUUACCUGCCGGAAUCGCAGUGACUGCCAGCAAAGCACCUAAGAUUGCACAAAGUUUUCUCUGGUGCUAGCAUCAGCAGAAAGGAACUUGCCUCAGUACGAAAGGGAGCAACGUGCUUCGUGAACACGCCGGCUGGUGACAAGGUUGGAAGCAGUGGGAAACUUCCUUGAUCUCUUGGAAAGCCGCACGUUUAAAGAGCCUAAGCGCGUUUUCAAACCGCUGGAAUUCUGAAGCCUGGUGGUAGAGGGUGACUGCAGGAGGGCAGAAUGGAUGAUUUUCUCUCCAUUAGUCUGCUGUCUUUGGCAAUGUUGGUGGGAUGCUACGUGGCUGGAAUCAUUCCUUUGGCUGUGAAUUUCUCAGAGGAACGGCUGAAGCUGGUGACUGUGUUGGGUGCUGGUCUCCUCUGUGGAACUGCACUGGCAGUUAUUGUACCUGAAGGGGUGCAUGCGCUCUAUGAAGAGGUUCUGGAGGGAAAACACCACCAAGCCAGUGAAACCAAGCAGAAUGUGAUUGCAUCAGACAAAGCAGCAGAAAUACCAGUUGUCCAUGAACACGAGCACAGCCACAGCCACAACCACACACAGCUGCAUGCCUACAUAGGCGUGUCCCUUGUACUGGGCUUCGUUUUCAUGUUGUUAGUGGACCAGAUUGGCAAUUCCCAUGUGCAUUCCACUGAUGAUCCAGAAACAGCAAGGCCUAGCAGUUCCAAAAUCACUACCACACUGGGGCUGGUCGUCCACGCUGCAGCGGAUGGUGUAGCUUUGGGAGCAGCAGCUUCUACUUCACAGACUAGUGUCCAGCUAAUUGUGUUUGUGGCGAUAAUGCUACACAAGGCUCCAGCAGCAUUUGGGCUGGUUUCCUUCCUGAUGCAUGCUGGUCUAGAGCGGAAUCGAAUUAGAAAGCACUUGCUGGUAUUUGCAUUGGCAGCACCAGCCAUGUCCAUGCUGACAUACUUAGGACUAAGUAAGAGCAGUAAAGAAGCCCUUUCAGAGGUCAAUGCCACUGGAGUGGCCAUGCUUUUCUCUGCCGGGACAUUUCUUUAUGUUGCCACCGUCCAUGUCCUCCCCGAGGUGGGCGGCAUGGGGCACAGCCACAAACCUGACACCACUGGAGGGAGAGGCCUCAGCCGCCUUGAAGUGGCAGCCCUGGUUUUGGGCUGCCUCAUCCCACUUGUCCUGUCAAUAGGACACCAGCAUUAAUGGUUCGGACUCCAGCCUCAGUCCACGGCCAUUGCCAUCCGGGAAGAAGAGCUAGCGUGUGACGCUCCUCACUUCCUCGGUGUCUUGUCUCACCUUGCCCAUCUCCACCUGUGUUCCCAGAGUGCGAGGGAGAUGAGAGUCGGUCGUGGAGAAGUGGAGCAGCGUGCAGCAGGACGCUGUAAUCAGACAGACUUUGUGUUGUCUUUAAAGGGACUUUGACAUCUGAGCUUUGAUGUUUCUCUUAACCCUAUUCUCAGGGAAGAUGGAAUUUAGUUUUAAAGACAAGUGAGAACUUCAUACAAUGAAAUAGUAAUUAUGAAAAUACAGUGUUCUCUAAUUAAGCUAAAGUUUUUCCCCCUUAGUUUAGAGGCUCUACCGCUUUACCCAUUGGUUUUGAACAUGGUUCUUACCAUGUAAGACUGGUGCUUUAGCGUCUGCCUCUUAGAUGCUAACGGUGAUGGCAACUGAUUUGAGGUUAGAGUAAGGAUAACAAGGUAACAAGGACAGGAGACACAAGCUGACCUGUCCCCGAAAGAGACAUCCAUCGAGAGGAGGUGUCUAGAGUCUUCAACAACUCCUUUGCACGUGAACUCCUUUGCACGUGCCUCCCCAAAUACAGCCUGCCCUUCUUCCCAGCAGAGCAGUGGGGGAGGGGCUGGCCUUUGAAGAGGGGUCUGGUGUCUUACAGCAUUUUCUGAAGUACCCUUUGCUGCACAUCCUUCCAGAGGAGCCAGAUGUGUGUUGUUCAGGCACUGUUUCCUUCAACAACAGUAUGAUCACAGUGAAAUUUAGGGAUGUUAAAUUUUCCGGGAAUUUGGAUAGUAACAUCUUUGUAGUAACCUUUUAUAAAGAACACUAUUGCAAAGUAUGUUGUCCUUUUCUGCUGAGUCAGUGGUUUUCAAACUUCCUAAUGCUGUGACCCUUUAACACGGUUCCUCAUGGUGUGGUGACCCCCAAACAUAAAAUUAGUGCAUUGCUACUUCAUAACUGUCAUUUUGCUACUGCAGUGAACUGAAACCUGUCCCGCAGCCCCUGUGGGGGUCACGACCCACAGCUUGAGAACUGCUGGUCUAAGUGUUUCUCCUAGCGCCAUCCUCUUAGCAGCGGUCCUUUGGGAAGCCUUGUCCAGAGUGGAGAGUGUUUCUGUGGGCUCAUGGGCUCCUGUGCAGGCGGCAGCAGGAGUGUCAGAAGGGAGUGUCUGCUGCUGGCCUCAAGCUCCUUGCAAUCAUGUCUGCGUCCUCCUCUCCCUGGGCUGUGCUCUGCCCCUCCCUCCCCACGCCCCUUGUCCUGCUUUCUGUCCCAGCUGAUGUCAGUACUUGUGAGAGAUGCAUUUCCAUCAGGACAGCCACUUCUGAACCAUGGCCAUGAAGACAGCACUGUCCCUAGACUUCAUUUCCUUCAAUGAGUUACCGGUGUGUCAAAUGCAGCUUUAUCAAGCCCUUAAAAAAGUCACCUCCUCAUGUGUGAUUGUCACAUCGAUGGUACUCUGAUCAUUUAAGCAGUUGAGACAGCGAAAGUAUUCAACAAAUUUUUCCUGUUUGCCAAAAUCUGCCUAAAUCCUGUUUUGUCAGAUAAGUGUAUAGUACUGUAUUAAUUUAUAUUUUCUGUACCAUUUCAAAAACACUUUACAUAAAGAGAGAGCCAAGACUAAUUUCUUCAGAGCAGUGGGUACAGUCGUUUGUAUUUUUCUAUGACACCUAUGCCAGCAUGCCUUUGGUUUCCUUUAUUUCUCUCCUAAUUGUCACUGGGUCAGCAGCUGUGGAAUUAAACUUGCGAGCCCUCUGCUGGCUGCAGUGAGGAACGAACGUAGCAGAAUGGGUACGGUUUGUGCGGAGGCUGGUAGCCAUUGCAUCCCAGGUUAAAUUGAGAAGGCACGCAGUGGGGGACUCUGGGUGACCCCUGAAUAGGCGCAAACAGCUGUCUUGGCAAAGGUUCGGUCUCAUCGAGUCCUUCCAAAGUACAGCUGUGGUGAUACUUUCUAGAAACUUAGUGUCAAGUAAACAGCCAGUGUCUGUGUCUUGUUUGGUUCUGGUAGAAGUAACUUCUGUCAUCUUGCUACAUGCAGUGGUCAGGGAUUGUUGAGCUGACCAGAACCUUCUUCAGCAGCAGUGCCUUGCUGUCGCACUUAGAAGCUUGACUAGACUAUCUUGCUGAGUAGGGCCUUGGACUCUGGCAAGGACUGAACCAUCAAACUUCUAAAUUUGGGCUCCCGCCCCCCCCACUUCCCGCCCCGCCCCCAGACCUCAGUAGUAAUGAGCUUUCCAAAGCUGGGACCUUUCCGAGGCCCUGAGUUGCUGCCUGGGGCCUGCCCAUCCCUUCCCUGGUCAGCAGCCUCACAUAGCCAUAUGAAUCUCUAUAGGGCUCAAAUGCAUUUCAGGCAGCAGGAGCCAUGCAGCUGGGCAGAAGUCUGAGAGGUUGCUCACGUGGUGGGCAGUGCCCUCGGAGAGGCCGCCUUGAUGUUCACUUUCCAACAUGUUUCAAUUGUUUUCCUCCUUAAAACUCCCUUCGGAGGUUCGGAUGCCUUAAUGCAAUAACACAUUUGAACACAUUGAUGAUACUUCAGCUGAUUACCAGUGAAACUAUGGGCUACCAAAGAAGUAAUUGAUAAAAAGCAUGGGCCAUCCUUCCUCAUAGCCAAAGCAGUCUUAAUUGCAAUUGGAGCCCCUUUCUCUGGGAGACAUAGAUGUACAGACUCCAAGCGAGCUCUUAAAAGGUAAAUUUAGGUUGAAAAUACUGACCCACUCCCGUCCCUGGCUCCCCGGUGUUGUCAGUCUCCGUGGUGGUGCAGCAGUGUUCCUGUUUGAUUCUGCUCCCCUGUGUGGACUGCUGCCAGCUUGUGUCUUACAGGCAGACAUUAUGGCCUGGAAUGCCAGCAGUUGGGACAGUACCGCCAACCGAGGCAGUGUGCUCCCAUUUCACCUUAUUCCCCAGACUUCUCAGUUAAAGACAGCCAACAGCCUGCCCUGGGGUCUUGAAUCAUUAGAAAAAGAAAGGGAGGGCCAUUCGGAGGUAUCAUUUCUUAUAGAAAGGAGAAAAGAGAUUUAAGAAACAAAACCGUGCGUCACUGGCGGGUUCUCUUUCCAAGGGUCAGAGCUAGGAGGGGACAGCAGCAACAGAUUGUGUUGAGCCCUGAAACUCAUGGUAGCGAAGCUCUGAACAUGGGAACGGUAUGGCAACAGCACAAACCUCUAACAUACUCGCCUUUGGGCCAGAGCCCCCGACUGUUGCAGCACAGGAGGACACCCUCAGCAGCAGCAGCAGAUUUCUGCUCAGGGCAGAAUGGGCCUUGCCCCUGAAGAACACUGCUGGAGAUGCUAUACAACUGCAGCCUUUUUGUAUUUGAGACCUUGCAGUUCAGCUCUGGAGGCAGACCUGAAGGUGUGUGGCUGGGGGAAGGACUGGCAGACAUGUUGUAUGUCUUCUUUAGGCAUACUGGUCCAACACAGCUGCUAAACACAGAGACCGACUUCGUCGCUUUGUCUGGUGGUGUCUUCCUAUAAGCUGGGAGUCUGAUGGGGUGGUAACACCACAGUUCUCCUGGUUUGGUGGCCUGAAUGGUGAUUUCAAAUGUCCCUUUCUCUGGAUCCUUUGUACACAUAAACUCAUUCCAUGGAUGGCUGCCUUAUAAUUUUGUCUCCACUUUAAUUGUGAAUGGUUUAAAAAUUGCUGUUUUUUGAUUUGUUUUAUGAUAUUAAAUUUUUAUUAGUGCA